ACUGAGGCCUCAUCUGUUAAAUGUAAGCUCCAGGGUACCACUCGAUUACCAGCAUUCUCAGUUGAUGGUGACUAUGUUAUUGGGGGUGUUUUCUCCAUACACCACUACUUGCACACGGUGAUGCAUAAUUACACCAUCAUUCCUGAGUUACCAAGGUGCACAGGGAGCAUCGACUCCCGUGAACUGCGCCUCUCACACACAAUGGUUUUUGCCAUCGAGGAGAUUAACAACAGCACGGAGCUGCUUCCGGGCAUCACACUUGGUUAUCAGAUCCAUGACUCCUGUGCCUCAGUGCCUCUGGCGAUGCAAGUGACAUUCCAGCUCUCAAAUGGGCUGGACCCGGUGUUUUACACAAGUGAAAAUUGUUCACAAUCUGGUAUGGUGAUGGCUAUCAUUGGUGAGUCUGGGUCUACGCCAUCAAUCAGCAUGUCACGCAUCAUCAGUUUGUUUGACAUUCCUCAGGUGAGCCACUUUGCCACUUGUGCAUGCCUGUCUGAUAAGCAGCAGUACCCAAGCUUCUUCAGAACAAUACCCAGUGACAAGUUUCAGGCUGAUGCACUGGCCAAGCUGAUUAAACACUUUGGCUGGACUUGGAUAGGUGCUGUCCGGUCAGAUUCAGACUAUGGAAAUAAUGGUAUGGCCUCUUUCCUGGAUGCAGCACAGAAGGAGGGGAUCUGUGUGGAAUACUCUGAAUCUUUCUACAGGACCCACCCACGUAGCAGGAUCCAGAGAGUAGCUGAUGUUAUCCGCAGGUCAACAUCUACGGUUAUUGUGGCAUUUGCUGCCUCUGGAGACUUGAGGAUCCUACUGGAGGAGCUGUCACUUGAACCUUCUCCACCUCGCCAGUGGAUUGGCAGUGAGGCCUGGGUAACUAACCCAGAUAUGCUGAGGUUCAGCUUCUGUGCUGGAGCCAUUGGUUUUGGCAUUGAGAAAUCUGUGAUCCCAGGUCUGAGAGAAUUUUUGCUGGAUCUCUCUCCCCCUAAGCUGGCUGCCUCUCCGUUACUUACUGAGUUCUGGGAGGAUGCAUUCAACUGCAGGCUGGGAACAAAUGCAGCCAUAGAUGGAAAUGUGUGUGAUGGAACUGAAAACAUAAAGACGCUCCAGGACCCGUACACUGAUACAUCUCAGCUCCGAAUCAGUAACAUGGUAUACAAGGCUGUUUAUGCAGUAGCUCAUGCCAUUCAUAAUGCAGUGUGUCACGGCACAAAUUCUACAGCUCAGUGCGACAAAUUCACCAGGCUAGAGUCCAAGCAGGUUCUUAAUCAACUGAAGAAAGUAAAUUUUUACAAAAAUGGUUAUGAUGUGUCAUUUGAUGCCAAUGGAGAUCCUGUGGCCAGAUAUGAGCUGGUUAACUGGCAAAAAAGUGAGAGUGGCAACAUUGAGAUGGUGACAGUAGGGCACUAUGAUGCAUCACUGUUGGCAGGCCAGGAGUUCCACAUCAUCAGGAACCUAACCUGGGUGGAUGGCCUCAAACAAGUGCCUGUGUCAGUGUGCAGUGACAGCUGUCCUCCAGGAACUCGUAAAGUGCUGCAGAAAGGAAAACCCAUCUGCUGUUAUGACUGUAUAACUUGUCCUGAGGGAAAGAUCAGCAAUGUUACAGAUUCCCCAGAAUGUUUCCUAUGUCCCAAAGAGUUCUGGCCAAAUGCAGGGAGAAACACUUGUUUCCCAAAGCCUAUAGAGUUUCUUUCCUUUGACGAGGUCCUAGGAAUCAUCCUAGCUGCAUUUUCAGUUGGUGGUGCCUGUCUGGCCAUCAUAACAGCAGCUGUGUUCUUUCGCCACAGAACAUCCCCAAUUGUCAGGGCCAACAACUCUGAGCUGAGCUUCCUGCUGCUUUUCUCCCUGACUCUGUGUUUCUUAUGUUCAUUAACUUUCAUUGGAGCACCCUCUGAUUGGUCCUGCAUGCUGCGCCACACAGCGUUUGGCAUCACCUUUGUCCUCUGCAUCUCUUGUGUUCUUGGAAAAACUAUAGUAGUGUUAAUGGCCUUCAAAGCUACACUUCCAGGUAGUAAUGUUAUGAAAUGGUUUGGCCCGACACAGCAAAGGAUGACUGUUGUGUCAUUCACAUUCAUUCAAGUUUUAAUAUGUACUAUUUGGUUGGUUCUUCAUCCUCCUUUUCCAAUGAAAAACUUAACCACAUUUAAGGAGAGAAUCAUCCUGGAGUGUGCAUUAGGAUCAGCUAUUGGGUUCUGGGUUGUGCUUGGGUACAUAGGCCUACUGGCGCUCUUUUGCUUCGUGUUAGCUGUCUUAGCCCGAAAACUACCUGAUAAUUUCAAUGAAGCUAAACUGAUCACCUUCAGUAUGCUGAUAUUCUGUGCAGUCUGGAUCACCUUUAUUCCAGCAUAUGUCAGCUCUCCUGGGAAAUUUACUGUAGCUGUGGAGAUAUUUGCCAUUCUGGCCUCCAGUUUCGGACUUAUACUGUGUAUAUUUGCUCCGAAGUGUUAUAUAAUUUUGUUCAAGCCAGAGAAGAACACCAAAAAACAUUUAAUGAACAAAAAUCAAUCUUAA